CGGAAGUGAAUAUUUCUCAGUCCAUAAUAUUGCAAUGGGCCAAGAUGACUCAAUUUGACAGGAAUUUUUCGAUAAAGAUACAUAGAGUGUCAUCUUUUCUUUCCUAAUUUCAACAUUUCUAUUUCAUGUUCGCGAUGACUCGGUAGUUCACAUACGGAUACUGAUGAAAUGUUUGUGGGAAUCCGAUUUUAUUUGCCUACAGAAUGGCGCUGCUUCCAUAAACAAUCUGCAUAAAUUUGGAUAUGUUGCAGAGGUUCCGAGAACUAAAUGAGUGACAGUAAUUAUGGAAUCUUCAAGUGCUCAGAGUGCCGAUUACACUGACAAUGAUGUCAUUGAAAUCAUCCCAACAGCAGAGUAUGAUUCUCAAAGGGCCAAACUGAGAGCUUCACUGUCAUGGAUUUUACAUAAGGCAUAUGGGGAUUCCAUACCAGCUGAGUUCAAGGAUCCGUUUUACGAAACAGAUCAGGGAACAUGGCAGAUCAAACCACACCUUGUUCGCCUCCUGACAUCCAGCGAGAUUUACUGUCAAGCAUGCACCAAUAUGUUUCCCAACACAUCGUCACAGUGGCAAGGUCACUGGAGUAUCAUCCAGGUGCUGUCUCGGAAAGGCAUCUAUGUAACUGGCUCAGAUGACACCACCGUCACGGAAACUGUCCUCAUUCAGACAGCCCCAUUCAAUAUGGAUGCCCAUGUGUCAUUGAUGACAUCACUGAUGGCGGCGUACAUGUGUGAACAGGUCACAGUAGAAAGGGUUGUGCAGGCAGUAAGACGCAUUACAACAUUCAAUGCUUCAAGUGAGCUCCCAUCUGGGGCUGAAGAUACUGUGAUCUUCUGGAUCAACAAAGUGUGCUCUGUGGCCCAGAGCAGAGACCCCAAGUCUCAGCAUGUGCUUCAAGGGGAGACCAAUCAGAAAGUGCGUAUUGUAAGUCGGACACCAGUAGGAGAGCCAACACAAGCUCCUGUGAUACAUAACCUAAUGGCCGACCUCAGUGAUGGCUGUUCUCUUGCUGUACUGCUCAGCUUCUACUGCCCAAACCUGCUCAGCUAUAGUGAUAUUUGCCUGAAAGAGAACCUGGGUAUUGCGGACUCACUGUACAACUUGCGACUGGUGAAGACGUUCUGUGAGCACAACAUGCCUGCUGGGUGCUUCCCUUUCACCUAUGAAGACCUACUGUAUACACCCCACACACUCCGUGAAAACAUCCUAGCCUUUCUUGGAGAACUCUUCUAUUGGUUUGAGAUACAAAAGUUUGAUGGUUCCCGACCUGGCACUGGUCAGGCUCUGUCAGGUGUACCACAAGUCAGCAAUGCCACCAAGCGCAGCUUCCAUCAGGCAGAGGAUACAAGAUUUACUAGUAACCCUGAGCUCAACAAAGCCACAAGUCCAUCAUCGGGGAUUCCACCAAGACAGGGACCAUUGUUGCACAAACGCCACCAAGGCAAGACAGGUGUCAAUGAAGAAGAACCUGUUCGAUACUUAGAACCACCGAAACACCCCCGCAGAGCCCACUCUCUGAGUUCACCUCAAGAGAGAGAUACCAUCCGUCAGUCUGUGAUAGCCUGGGAGGAACAAGAGUCCACACCACACAGGCCUCAAAGUGUGAAGACAUCAGUAAACCAGAGUCAAGACAGUGCUGCACUCCUGGCAAAUGUGAGCAUUGACUCGGAACUCAAUGAAAGCUUUACUGAUGACCAGCUUGGUAGCUGGAAUUUUGACGAGGACAAAAGUCAGUCGCCCCAGCCAACGUUCAGUGACCGACAGACUGUGCCAUCAAACCUGCAUGAUCCAAGUCACCCUGAUUACAUAGAGAUAGAGAGUGUAAACUCACGUCAGUCAAAUAUGAACAGUUCUCGGAGUGAAAAACUGGAACCAUUAAUGCCAGCUAUUAUUCGUCCGGCAAAGGAAAAACAUUCAAACCACACCAAAGCCCAAGAAAGAGGUGAUCCUUAUCAAAGAAAGAAAUCAUCACCAACAAAGCCUAGAAAGUCACGUAGUUCGCCUGUCAGCAGCUCAGUGACACCCAGUCAGGGGGACGUAACUGUUGAAGCUGUCGUAACUCUUCCAGGAGACAGUAGUCAAGUGACGAGUAGUGAUGAAACUGUUGUGACGCCUCUCCCUGAUGCACUGCUGACAGGUCGGGCAGGUGAUGGCGACUACGUAAGCCCAGACUCUCAACAGAAGGGUUACGAAGCAUUCUAUAUAAAUCCAGAAAUCUCUGUGGAGGUUUCAUUGCCUCCUGUGUCGAGUCAGUCUCCCAGAACUCUUAGUGGAGGUUCACACACAGAUGAAAGUGAGGUGACUGCUAGUUACACAAUCGACCAAGAUCAUACUUUAGAAACUGCUAGAGCAGCUGGGAUUCCUGUUGUUCACAGUGGAGAUGGUGUUCACAUUCGGAGGACAACAUCUCGGGAUGGUUCAGUGUCGAGCAGUAGGAGCUCAGGGGACUUCUCUGAUCAUGAAUCACAUAAGAUACACCAUGAUCAUAAAGCUAGAGAGACAGCUGACUUGAAAAAACUCUCUUUCGUUUCCUUCACGGAAUCGUCAUCCCCAGACGUAGAUGCCCAAAAACCCAAACUUGUGAUCACUGACCAACUGCCUAAGACAUUGUCUCAAACACUGGCUAACAAAGAGAAAAGGCCACUCACUACAAAUUUUGCUGAAAUCAAACGAAUUAAGGAAGCUUAUGGAAAUAUUGAUAAUUCUGGUUUGGUAUAUAUGCAGAAUGGCCAAGAACCAAAAGCUAAUGGAACUACAAAUACGCUCAAAUCAGCAUUUUAUAGAAAACAAAAUGAACCCGGGGGAAAGAAAACAACUUUUGCAACACUACCAAAUGAAACCACAUGGAUUGCUCAAAGAGCAUCUCAGGCCUCAGCAGCUCAAGCUCAGAACAAUGGAGCUGAUUCCCAACCUGUGUCAUCUGAACUGUCCCAGCUGAGGAUGAAGCUGGAUGAAAAGAGGAAGGAGAUUGAGAGGAAGAAACAGAGGAUGGAGAUGCAACAAACCAAGAUGAGACGGAGACUAGGGAAGGAUGCCUUCUACAGGGUAGUGUCUCGGCAUAUGGAUGAUGUGCCUGAUGGCACGACGGCUCAAGGGGUUCCUGGUGAUAGAACUGCAUCUGAGAUCGGGGAGAGGCUGGGACAGCAAGUCCUUGGGGCUCCUGAUGCUCAAAGGCCAACAUCUUUUGUAGAUCCUUCCUCACAUGCUGCUCAGAGGUCAAGGCCAUUUUCACGAGAAGGAAUCCAACAAACUAUAGACAAUGUUCGAAAGAAGUGGUUCAAGGAGGAUGAUUUAGUUGGUGGGGCAAGACCUCCAGAUGAUGAGAGUAUGACUUUAAGUCAAGAGGAAAAACUAGGCCCACUUUUACAUGUACAGUCUCAGCCAGUUCCUUCUCCUCCUUCACAAGCAAUGACAGAUAGUCAGCAUAGCACUAGUAGUCAACACAGCACAGGCAGCCAACCUGAGUCAUUUGAAGCUUACGAUUCAUCUCUGGAUAAGCUCAAUAAGAGUUUAUCAGAUCUCCAGGGUGAAAUAGCACGGCUGUCAUUACAACAGGAACAGAUAAAAUUCCUUCAGUCUCCUCAGGGCUAUGCCCAAGCGGACAUGCAGAUGCACCUACAAGGUGGACCCAUGACAAAUGUUUCCAGCAUCCCACCCCAGUCCUUUCCGAAACAGACUGGUUACACCUUGCCUCCUGCCACCCAGCAAGUCACACAGAUGGGGCAGGGAGGAUCUCAUCAGCCAUAUACGAUGAACCAGUUUGUGCCAGGAGCUGGUAGUCAAGGGCUGCCUGCUUCUGCAUCUACUCAGAUGUACGGAGGAGCCCAGUCAGUUUCACAGAAAAAUGUGCCAUACCAGCCUUGUCAGACACUUCCAUACACCAGUCCUAUCAUGGCUGCUACAAGCUACCAACCGGUUUCCCAACCCACCUCCACCCAUCAUACUCCUCAGCACUCAACAAUGGGAUCUCAACUUCCCACUUCUACCCACCCUCCUUUUCCUACUUCUACUCCAAUCCCACCAUCAGCACUCUCAACAGAGCGAAGGAUCCCAACCCCACCCGGUUAUACUCUACCCCCUCACUCUCCUGAUGCCCAGCCCAAUGCUGACACUGCCUCAGAAGAUAGCUCUUCCACCCAGGACACCACGGCCAAUGGGAAUGGAUUCUUUGUUUCAUUUGGGGAUGAGACGCCUAAGAGAGCAAAACCCAAACUUGGCAAAGACAGGAUGAAGAAAGAGCAAAGAUCUGAAACACCUGUUGCCAAUCCAGCAUCAGCAGCACCUGCAGCAUCGGCAUCUCCUGCCUUGCCUGCUUCUGCAUCUUCUGCCAUGCCUGCUUCUGCCUCCACAACCAGUGCACCAUUACAGCCACUACCUACUGCACAUACAAACCAUCAGAGUGGAAAUGCUGGCUUUGUGAUUGAAGAUCGGGAACUAACCCCUGAUAAGAUUGAAUUUUGCUGUUCAGAACUCGGAAGAAGAGAUGGCAAGGAAAGAGAGCGGAUACUGCAGAUGCAAGUUAAGAGGAAGGAGGAGCAGGAGAGGAAGAGGCUGGAGAAGGAGGAUGAAGCUGCCAAACAGCGGGAAGCACUGAGAUUGAAGCAAGAGGAAGCCGAGAGGAAGAAGGCAGAAGAAAAGGCAAGGAGGGAGCAGAUCUACCAGCAGUAUCUACAUCGGAAACAACAUCAGGAAGAUGAGGAGAAUGGUAUAGAAAGACCCCAAGAGAGACCAGCCAAGUCCAAACCACGACCCAAGUCCAUGUUCGUCAAAGCCACCAACUCACCCCCUCCAGAAGACGAAGGUUUGGUUUGCUCGCUGGACGAUCUCUCUGCUCGAGCAUUUGUUAUCCCUUCUUCAGGUGGUGCUGCCUCCUCAGCCUCCUCUUCUCCUCGCCCCACUCUUCGUAUUCCCCAAACACGAGGAAAGUUGAGAAAAGCAGUCUCUUGCAACACUCUAACACAAAAUGGCCGCCCAGGAGGAAUGACAUAUCGGAGACCCCCCUCACCAGAUCUGUACAGGCUGCAGCAGCGGCGUAACCGUAGCAACGAUAGCAGUGAGACAGGAUCUAAUGCAGGAUCUGACUAUACUGGUCCCAAGUUAUUUGUAAAGCCCAGUUCUAAAUCCAACCGCAACAUAAUCAUGAACGCCAUCAGUCACUGCUGUCUAGCAGGCUGCGUCAACACAGACACGAAGAACAAGGUUUUGGAGAUCAUCUCCCAGACUGAUGCCAAGCACUUCCUCAUCCUGUUCCGAGACGGAGGCUGUCAGUUUAAGGGCCUGUACACCUAUGCACCAGAGAUGGAAGAAAUAUUCAAAAUACAUGGAGUUGGACCAAAGCAAAUCACCAACAAAAUGGUGGAAAAGUUUUAUAAAUACAACUCAGGUGCCAAAAGCUUCACUGAGGUAAAGUCUACCAAGCAUAUAUCUGUGUCUAUUGAUGCUGUUGUGGUGCACAAUGCUUUGUGGAAGACAAGUAAACCUGGCGCUGCUAAGAAAUAGAUCCUGCUGUAGUCACUGAUCUCAGUCACAACACAGUCAAGACACAGUCCAGGGACUCUCUGACAGAGAAUAGGAGAUAGCUACUUUUAGCCUUCCUUGUAACAGUCACAGACGGCCAUCUGGAUAUCAAAUAGUCAUCCCUGGCACUGGAUAGUGCUUGAAAUGUUAUGACAGUUGUGUGCAUUCGGCCUGGGAAGUAUCUCAGCUUUGUGGUAAUGGCAAGUUUAAUGUGUUCUGUUCUGUUUGGACCAUUCUGUGCUGCUUUUAAAGGUGUAUCUCAAUAAUGUGAAAAAGGAUACUUCAUGCCAAGUCACACCGAUAUGAAUAUCAAUUUUAGCCCCAAAUUACACCAGAGAAAAUCAUUUUGUGGUCAUGGUACGUUUUUAUAAAUAAUGUGUGAAUGAAUACUAAGGGCAUUGGAUACUUUCUACAGCAUGACCAAAGAUUCAGUGAUGGAUUUAUUUGAAUUGAAGUUACAGUAAUAUUAUACAGUUAUAUUUUCAACAAAUCCGACAAUACUGUAUGUAUGGAAAAAAUUGUUAAGAUGGUUAUAUGGUGUCAUGGAUGACAAUGUAUUUAGAAAUAUGAUUUACAGGUAAUGGCUUCCCAGAUCCGAUCCCAGUCUGAUACACAUUUUGUAUAAGAUGCUAAGUUAUAGGAUAUAGUCAGGUUAGCUUGAGUCUGCCGUCACAGUAAGACGAAACGUUCAUAUGUCAAGCAAUAUUCCAGCCAACAGUCCCAUUAAGCAGAAACUGCAUCGGCUAUGAAGUGUAUGACCUGCUUUGUUGAAAUGUGAUUAUGCAAGUCUUCUCAUGUACUGCUUGAUAGUCUGUUCACAGUGGCUCAUGCCAAACUAGUUACAUUUGUUAAAUUAUUUUAAUAUAUUCCACUACACAUGACCAUGAUUACUACUGCUGUUCUAUGUGUGUAUGAACCACAGUAGUGGGACAUGUGGGACAUUAUCGUUUUAUCCCAUUCAACUGAAAUGUUAGUGAAAGGUUUGUAUUUGAUAUGGUUCAGAAUUUUUUAAUUGAUUUUAGCCAUUAUUCACUGUUGAUGGAGACUUCGACUUGUUUCUUCAAUUUUAAUCAACAUAUACAUGAGUAUAUAUCAUUGUAUAUAUAGUAUCAUGAUCUGGCUCGGAAACAACAUUUUGUCACACACAAACGUGUAAAUGUAGACCCUGCAUUAUCAUCAUAACUAAUAACCAUAAUCAAUAAACAGACAGCAGAAAUGUUCUGGUGUCACCAGUUCAGCAAACCAUAUUAACAGUGUAAGACAUGUCAAGCUUCAUUUUGCAUGUUAUCCUCUGAGACUAAGUCAUACUGGAACUUAUUGUGUAUCAAUUAUUGUAGGCAUGGGUUGUAGGAAUGGGAAAGAGGACUAAGUAAUUUUGUGAUUACAGGAUUUAUGGUUGUAUGUGAAGAGUUGUGAAUAUGUAGAUUUUGACCUAAUUUAUGUGUAUAAACCCUAGUUGUAGAGUUGAAGACAUGCCAGUGAGGCCCAGGCUAUUGCUCCCAGUACAGUUGUGGGUCUUUCAGAGUUCAGCUGUUAGCUUCCUGUCUGUCACGGCUGUUUCCAUUUAACACUCCUGCGAUGACCAAUGCUUUUGUAACAAAUAUUUAUUGUAAAAAUGUACAUUGUUUUCUACACUUCAUUGUUGUGAUCUAGCUAGUGCUUCAGUUGCACUGGAUCCCGAUGUCAUAUUGGAUCCUGUUGUGGGACACAGUGUUUUCAUUAUUCAGAUCAAAUAGUGCUUAUCUCAGAGUUCCAUCUCAAAGAGUGCUUGUAAAAUAAAUGUUUAACUAUUUGCAUAAAUAUGCAUUUAUUUGUGUAAAUGUUUCAUUCACAUCAACAUCAUUUCAUAGAAAAAGAUAUUAAAGUAUAGUCAUGUCAUUUUCAUAAAUCACUCUUUCCAACAUCGUUAUUCACUCAUUUGUUGCAUUUAUUUCCCUGACAGUUAUCAAAACAUUUGUCGUCAAUCAGUGUGCAGAUUCCAGGUUCGCCAAUAGACUGUGACAAUAACCUUCCUUCUAUCUCAAGUAGCAAUGGUUCUAUUUAUGCAUAAUUCUGCUCUGCUUUGCUGUUUGUUCAAAUUGGAGUGGCAAGAGAUAUGCAGCAUGGACCUGAUGCUUCUAGUAGUGUCAGAAUUAUAUCCCUUUAGCUGCCUUAACCCCCAGCCAGAGGGUAAUCACAUAAGAAUGAUCUUUUAAAAUACCCUUGUUUAGAUUUUAGAAACAGUUGAUUUCAUUAUAUAUUUUUGUUUCCUGUUAGCAAUAGUUUGGAUACCUUUCCUGACAAAGAUUCAACAUUUUAAUUGUUACUUGUGGAGACAGAAUAAAUACCCAGUGUCAUCUUGCUACUCCAAGUUGUAUGUGCAGCCAGCAAGUACAAUAUUAUUUAUGUGAGAAAGCCUGUGAUACUAUUGGCCUUACAACUUUCAAUAUGUUGCUGUGACAGUGUGCAUCUAAAUGACAAAUAAAUGUUUGUUGCCAGCUAA